AUGAAGCAGCUGUGUCUUUGCGCAUCCGCCUCCUUCGCGGGCCAAGACUGGGGCAAAAAUGACCAGCGCCUGCUCCAGGCCGUGGAGAACAACGAUGCAGCCAGAGUGGCCUCGUUGAUCGCCCACAAAGGGCUGGUCCCCACAAAACUGGACCCCGAGGGCAAGUCUGCGUUCCACUUAGCGGCCAUGAAGGGUGCCGUGGGCUGUCUGGAGGUGAUGCUGGCUCAAGGCUCAGACGUCAUGAGCACAGAUGGAGCAGGUUACAACGCCCUUCACCUGGCAGCCAAGUAUGGGCACCCCGAGUGCCUGAAGCAGCUCUUGGAGGCUUCCUGCGUGGUGGACAUUGAGGACAGCAGUGGGUGGACAGCCCUUCAUCACGCAGCGGCUGGUGGCUGUCUGUCCUGUUCAAAGCUGCUCUGCUCUUUCAAGGCACACAUGAACCCCCGGGACCGGUCGGGCGCCACGCCCCUCAUCAUAGCGGCCCAGAUGUGUCACACAGAUCUCUGCCGCCUCCUCCUGCAGCAGGGGGCUGCAGCAAACGACCAGGACCUGCAAGGCAGGACAGCCUUGAUGCUGGCGUGUGAGGGGGCCAGCCCGGAGACCGUUGAAGUACUCCUGCGGGGUGGAGCCCAGCUGGGCAUCACUGAUGCCCUGGGCCAGGACGCCACUCACUACGGAGCCCUGACGGGGGACAAAGUCAUCUUGCAGCUUCUACAGGAGUUUGCACAACGCCCUUCACCUCCCAGUGCCUCUCUAGAGGAUGACUCCGGAGAGGCCUCGUCUCAGAACUCGGUGUCCAGCCAUGAAAAGCAAGGGGCCCCCAAGAAGCGGAAGGCACCCCAACCUCCAGCCAGCAUGUCUGUUCCCGACGAUCAGGAUGCUUAUGAGGAGAUUGUGCGUCUGCGCCAAGAGAGAGGCCGGCUCCUGCAGAAGAUCAGGGGCCUGGAACAGCACAAGGAAAGGAGGAGAAAGGAGGCAGAGGCCAGCUCAGUGCACAGCCUGGAGAGGCAGGUGCAGGAGCUGCAGCAACUGCUGGCAGAGAAGCAGGAGGAGAAGGAGAGUCUGGGCCGGGAGGUAGAGAGCCUGCAGAGCCGCCUGUCCCUUCUGGAGAAUGAUAGAGAGAACACCAGCUACGACGUGGUCACCCUGCAGGACGAGGAGGCUGAGAUGCCUGACUUUCCAGGAGCUGAUGCGUUGUUGUCAAAGCAGCAACGUCUGUCAGCUGAGGAGCUGGUGGCAUCCCUGCAGGAGCAGGUGGCUCAGCUCACCAGGCAGAACCAGGAGCUGUUGGAGAAGGUCCAGAUCCUUGAGGAGUUUGAGAAGGACGAGGUGCAGAUGGUGGAAGACAAUCAGCCUGAAGUGGUCCCUCUGGUCUUGUAUGAUACUCUGAGGACAGAACUUGAGCAGCUCCGGAGGCAGCACACAGAGGCCAUGCAUGCACUGCAGGAGCAGCGGGAGGUGGCCAGGGGUCAUGGAGAGGAGACAGUACAGAAGGAGAGCACGGACAAGGGGACCACCACCCAGAAUGGUCCUAGCGUCCCGGAGCUCAAUGGCACCACAUAUCCAGAAACCACAGCAAACGGCACCACCGAACCCCAAGCAGGAGGCUCCUUGGGCACCGGGAACACAGAAGCCAGUGCUUCAGAAGUGACACCCAUAGAGCCCGAGGCUGCAAGUUCAGACGCCACGGGGAAAGGUGCUGCGGCAGACGAGGCUGUGGACACGAGAACCACUGGGGCUCUGGCCCUAGACGUGAAAGCUGUAGGUGACAAAGCUGAAAGCGAGCCGGUGGUGGCGGAAGCCAUGGGGGGAAAAGGGAAUCCAGGCAUGGAGGCUGAUGGGGUGCGUGCGGUGCAGGAGGGGCUCCCGGGCACAGGGGUUAGAAACAUGGAGGCCACGGGAGUAGAAUUGCGGGAUACCGGAGUUCAGGCCACAGCAGCAGAGUCCACGGCAGUGAAGACCACGGGAGUGCAGGCCACAGUGGCAGAGGUCAUAGGAGUGAAGGUCACAGGAGUGCAGGUCACAGCAACAGAGGACACAGUAGUCAAGGCAACUGGAGCAGAAGCCCCGGGAGCAGAAGCCACGGGGACGCAGGCCACUGUGACUGAGGCCAAGGGAGCUGAGGUUACGGAAACUCAGGCCACCACCCUGGAAACCACGGGAGCAGAGGAGACCACGGGGUCACAAGCCAUGGCCGUAGAGACCACAGGCGCGCAGGCCACUGUGACAAAGGCCAACGGAGCCGAGGCCAUAGGACUCAAGGCCACGGAAGCCGAGGCCGCUUGCGCAGAGGGUCCCUGUGCUGCGGUCCUGCACCCGGGGGCAGCGGCAGCGGCGGCGGCGCUGCAGGCCGAGCUGGAGACCCGAAUCCGAGGCCUGGAGGAGACGCUUCGCCUGCGGGAAAGGGAGGCGGCGGCCGAGCUGGAGGCCGCCCGGGGCCGAUUUGCGGAGGCCGAGGAGGCGGCACGGGGGAGGAGCCGCGAGCUGGAGACGCUGCGGGAGCUGCUGGCCACGGCCACGGCCACGGGCGAGCGCGCACGCGAGGAGGCCGCCGAGCUGCGCCGAGCGCUGACGGCCUCCGAGGCUCGGGCUGCGGAGCUCAGCUCCGCGCACGAUGCGGUCCGCGAGGAGCUCGAGCGCGUGCGCGGGGCCUCGGUGCCUGCGGACGAGCACGAGCAGGCGCUGGCCGCGCUGCGCGACCACGUGACCCGGCUGCAGGCGCAGCUGGAGGAGCUGGCGCGCAAGCACGAGAGGACGAGCGCCGAAGUCUUCCAGGUGCAGCGGGAGGCAUUGUUUAUGAAGAGCGAGAGACACGCGGCCGAGGCCCAGCUGGCCACGGCCGAACAGCAGCUCCGGGGGCUUCGUACAGAGGCCGAGAGGGCACGCCAGGCGCAGAGCCGUGCCCAGGAGGCCCUGGACAAGGCCAAGGAGAAGGACAAGAAGAUCACAGAACUGUCUAAAGAAGUCUUCUCACUGAAGGAGUCUCUGAAGGCGCAGCAGGCAGCCCCUGCCAGCUCUGAGGAGGAGGAAGCCCUCCGCGGCCAGGUGGCGGCCUUGCAGCAGCGCAUGGAGGAGGAGACCCGGGAGCACGGUGCCGUUGUGGCUUUAUACCGUACCCAUCUCCUGUAUGCCAUUCAGGGACAGAUGGAUGAGGACGUCCAGUGCAUUCUCAGCCAGAUCCUGCAGAUGCAGCGCUUGCAGGCUCAGGGUCGCUGAGGACACAGCUGGGCUCUUCACUCUCCGUCCUUCACCACUGCGAGCUGAAGCCACAGAGACCACCUUCCCUUUCCCAUGCCCCAGGGUGCUGAACGGACUCAGCAGGCUCUGGGAGCCAGCCUGGGACCUUACCCAUCACUCCACGGCUUACAGCACUCCCCAUCUGAUGGUACAAUUCCCACGAUGCCAUCUGUAUCCCACCCAU